CUCUGUACUCAGGCUGGCACCACUGUCUCCUUCUACUUCUUCUGCAUUUCUCCUCCUCUCUCUUCAAAAUUCUCUUAAACCCUAACCCUAAGUUUGCUCCGGGCAAAGAACAAACAACGACGGGAACAACGACAAACACUAAAAAUUUGGACCCAUUAAAUUCUCUGCACUUUCACCUCAUGCUUUAACCAGAGAAAAAAGGAGAAACAUACAAAAAGCAUACAAAAUGCUUUCUCUGAUUCAUUGGGGGUUUCUUCAAAUCCUUCUUGCGCUCGCAAUCUCAAUCGCUCCUGUAAGCUCGGAGCGGCAAUCGAUAUACGACAUCCUGCGGGAGCACGGACUUCCCAUGGGCCUGCUGCCCAAGGGCGUCAAGAAGUUUGACAUCAACGAAACGGGGCAUUUCGAGGUCCACCUAGAUCAGGCUUGCAAUGCGAAGUUCGAGAGUGAAUUGCAUUAUGAUGUCAACGUUACCGGAAAACUGAGCUACGGCCAGAUCGGAGCCUUGUCGGGUAUCUCAGCUCAAGAGCUCUUCCUCUGGUUCCCGGUUGUGGGGAUUCGGGUCGAUGUACCCAGUUCUGGGCUUAUUUACUUCGAUGUUGGUGUCGUCUAUAAGCAGUUCUCGUUGUCGUUGUUUGAGACACCCAGGGACUGUGUGGCCGUCGGGCGUUCCUGGUCGGAUCAUGAUAUUCGGGAUGGCAAGUUGUUAGCUGAAGCAGUAUCUAAGAGUCAAUCUGGGAAGCUGCGGUAUCAACUUGUUCAGGAAAAUUUUGCAAGGGAUGUGCUGUAGAUUUUUCAGGAAGUUUCUUUAUAAAUUGCACAAUAGCUCAAUCAGCUGGUCAUGGGUUCUUCGGUUCUCCCCUGUAAAUGUCAUCUGAGAGUAUGCUUUAGCAGGUCCUAUGCUUCCGUCCUGUGUGCUUUGCUUGCAUUUUCCUUUUUCCAUAUAGUGCUGAAUCUGGGAACUUAUCAAGUCAUGCUCCUGUCUACAUGAGAAUGGCCGGUUAAUUCAAUUUAUAGGAAUAUUAGAUGAGGCAUCAAUGGUAUGGUCAAUUAUGCCUGGCCUAAAGAAGUCAGAAGAGAGAGGAGCAUUCAGUCGAGAUGAUUACAGGUGAUAAAUCUUCAAUAUUUCAUUCCAUAUGUUAAAUUUAUUGUAUUAUGAGUAUAAACACGGGUGCUGUAUCAAGUUUUUUUCUCUUUGUAGCAUAAGUUUUACAUUGGUGAGAGGCAUAUACCUUCCUUGAAUCAUGAUAUAAAAUUUCAAUAAUAAAAGCUCUCUGCCUAUUUUUCAUA